CUUCAUAGUUCAUGCCAGGAUCCAAAAAAAAAAAAAUAGAUCUCCAAUAAUAAUAACUUGACAUUUGUCCGGCAUUUGUCAUUCUUUAUUAUUGUUGUUAAAAAAUAAACUCCAAAAAAGUUCUAUGUAAUAAUUUAAAAUCCAAUUGUUUCAAAGUGUAUGUAUUUAAUUAAUAAUCAAUAAUAUUAUCUAAACAAGUGCAUGAGAUAUAAAAACUAUGUAAAUAUUAAGUCAACGUUUUUUCAACCACAUAACGUAUUGUUGCCGGGAUCAACAAUUAUUUAAAAUCAAAUAGAACAAUAAUUGAUUGCUGUCAUUGAUGAAUAAAUUAUCCUAAAAGACUAAAUUCCUGAUGCUGCAUGAUGACAUGUAGAUGAUAUUAUUGAUAUAAAUAUAAAUUUGAAGAAUAUAAACAACAAUAAUAGUGUGAUAAUGGUGGAGGAAAAUAGUGAUGCAAAAUUGGCAGGUCCACUGUCACCAAGGAGUCCAGUGACAGCUGUCAAACCACCAAGUCCAAGAUCACCACCAAGACCACCACGUAAAAUAAAAUUGACUGAUCAACAACUUGAGACAAUAACGAAGGAGGAAUUAGCAGCAAAGUGGCGUGAACAGGAUUUGUAUGUGGAGUGUCUCGAGAGCCAGACGGCAACCCAGGAAGGUAUUGAGAUUAAAAGACUAGAACGAGACAAAUUGUCUCGUUCAAAAAACAAAAAAAUUGAAAAACUUAUCAAAUUAUUAUUGUUUUGAAUCGGAUUUAAAUAAUAUAUUAUCGGUGAUUUAUCAAUAAUAAUAUCGGACCAUUUAGACAAUUAAUUACAUUAUGUUUGACACUUUAAUGAACCAUUUAUGUCGUUCAAAUGGUUUCAUAUAAAAACUUGUCAAGCAACAAGUUUUAAUAUCCAAAACUUAGAUUAAAAUUUUUCGCUUAUAAAGUGAUGAUUGUGUUUAAUUUUAUUAUUGAGCAAUUAAUUAUGUGACGAGUGUGAAAAAUAGUGAAAAUAAAAAAAAGAAAUUCUAAUUUUAUCAUUGUUAAUAAUAUCAAUUGAUACAAGUGAUUUUUUAUUUAACAAAAGUGAAAAUAUUAUUACACAUUUGUUAGUCAUUAAAAGGUUUAAGUCAGUGUGAUGAUGUGGUUUUUUUGGGUUGUCUUUUUUUUCUUUCAAUCAAAGAAGAAAUAUUUUUCUAUUUUACUAUUAUUGUAAUUUGUUAGUUGUUAAUUUUUAAAUGAAAAUGUAUUACACCAAGUAUCAACGAAAUCAUCUUGUUAAAUACUUUAUGGAGCAGUCAGGAUAGUCUAUCAACUAAUUCUCUACCAAUAUGUCCGAAUAAUUAUAAAUAUUAUUAAAUUCUUCUUCAUGGACCAGCUUAUCUCUUUUUUUCCAUUAAUUUUUUUGAGAAAAACACGAAUAAGGUGGACAUGAUUAUGACUUACGAAUUCAAUAUACCAGGAGAAAUAUCGAGACUGAAGAAGUCUGAGGAAAAAUAUCGGCUGAAAUACAGUGAGUCUUCACACAGAGAAAAAAUUCUUGUCCGGAGAUUAGCUUCUAAAGAACAGGAACUCCAAGAAUAUGUGAAUCAAAUAACAGAAAUGAAAGCUGCCCAGGCACCAACUGCAUUGGCUCUUCGAUCAGCUCUAUUGGAUCCUGCUGUUAAUAUUUUAAUACAAAAACUUCGACAAGAAUUAAUAACAACAAAAGCUAAAUUAGAAGAUACACAAAAUGAAUUGAGUGCUUGGAAAUUUACACCUGACAGUAAUACGGGAAAAAGACUAAUGGCUAAAUGUCGACUUUUGUAUCAAGAAAAUGAAGAACUUGGCAGGAUGAUUGCAAGUGGAAGAAUUGCUAAACUUGAGGGUGAAUUGGCGUUACAAAGAAGUUUUAGUGAAGAAGUCAAAAAAUCACAAUCAGAACUUGAUGAAUUUCUUCAAGAUCUCGAUGAAGAUGUAGAAGGUAUGCAAAGUACAAUUUACUUUCUCCAGCAAGAAUUACGAAAAGCUCGAGAAUCUGUGACUCUUCUUCAGCAAGAAAAUUUAUCAUUAAAAUCAAAUACAAAUGAAAUAAGUCUUCCAAAUGGUCUGUCUCCUCAUACACCUCCAACAAAGAAAGAAGAAGAUGAAGAGAAUAAAGAAUGUAAAUCUCCAUCAAUUAAAUUAGUUAAAUCUAAUAUGAUAAUUAAAAUGGAAGUAGAUAGUGAAGAAAGAUGUGAUAAUGUCAAAUCUUCACUUGUAUCAAUUGAAAAAGUUGAAAAAAAAUCUGAGAUUGCUUCUUGUUCCGAAGAGUCUAAACAUAAAGACAAAAAUUCAAGUGACUCUUCGACAUCGGUAAUAAAUGUCAAAGACGAGGAACUUGUUGACAAAAAAGAUUUGGAAAAAGUUAAAAAUAAUGACAACAAAAUUGAUAAAAAUAUAGUUGAAGGUGAAGAAGAUGACGAUGAUGACGACGACGACGACGACGAUGAUGAUGAUGAUGACGACGAUGAUAAAGAUGAUGACGAUGAAGAAGAUGACGAUGACGACGACGACGAUGAUGAUGAUGAUGAUGAUGAUGAUGAUGAUGAAGAAGAAGAUGACGAUGACGACGACGAUGAUGAUGAUGAAGAAGAUGAUGAUGAUAAAGAUGAAGGUGAAAAUAAAGUUUCUUCAAGUAUAUUAAAAACUCAAGAUGGUGAUAAAUCAUUGAUUACAAGUGGGGCUACUGAAACAAAUGGGGGUGAUGAAACGAAAACAGGUUUAAUUAAGGGUAGGGAACGGACAAAAAGAGACUCUUGUGAUCGAGGUAGUGAUAAUGAAUUGGAUACAGUGUUAAAAAAAAAAAGACGUGAAAGUGUAUUAUCACUAGACUACAAUGAGGCAAACGAUGAUACCCUCGUUAUUACAAACACCGAAAAAAUUCAAAGUGAUGUUGAAUAAACUAUAAGUUAUAGCAACUCUCGUUAAACCUUUUAUAUUUUGUUUUUCUCCAUUCCUUGUUUCGAAAAAUUACAUCGAAAAUAAUUAAUAUCAAUCAAUUGAUACAAAAGGAAUUUAAAAGAAAAAAAAUAAUCCAUUUGAUAUUUAUCCGAACAACUUGUGUAAAGUUAAACAAUAAAUAAUAAUUAUAUAUCUAAAAAAAUUAUUGAAAAAAAAAUUUGAUAACAUUACAGUACAAUAUACAAUAUUGUUGUGUUUGAAUUUGAAUAGAAAUUGAUAAAUAUUCAAAGAAACAAAAAAAUAUAGUCAAAGGAAUUGAUAUUCGAAAAUAAAUCUUUUUUUUUUUUUUUUUGUCGACUACUGAUUCAAUAUGAUGACAAUUUCUUAUUAAAACAAAAAAAUGUAUAAUAAAGAUCUUGUAGAAAAAUUGUAUAAAGACUUUAUCAAAAUCAAAUUCUAUUUUUAUCUUUUACCUUCAUCUUAUAAUUAUUAUUUUACGACUUAAACUGUACAUAUAGAAGAAAAAGAAAAAAAAAAUUAAACAAUUGAUAUUUAAGCAAGUUGAUGUUGUCAUUUAUCAAACCAUUUUGUGUCAACUUUUAUUUCUCUAAAGAUAAUUUAAACAAUUUUUUUUAUUGAUAGAAAUUUAUGUCUGUAUCCUGUCGAUAAUUGAUUUAACAACAAUAUCUAUUUUAUUGAAUUAAAUAUCUUUUUGGUGCGAAAUUCAUUGUAUAUAAUUAAAUUAUAAUAUUAAAAUUGAUAAGGCUGAUCGUGAUAUACUAUUAUAAUAAUUGUGUGACGCUGUUGGAGAGAAUCAAUUAUCAGUGCUUUGAUUACACAUGUGGCUUCAAUAAAUACUAAGUGUCAAUAGUCAUUUUAGAAAUGAUUUUAAUGAACUGGCAUUGAGUAAGUUUCAUGGAUCGACUUAAAGUCAACAUUUGUGUUGAUAUAGAUGGUGAAUCUCUGGUGAAAAUACUUCUCUAACUUCCUUCUUAAUUACUCCGAAAUUUGUAUUUUUUUUUUUCGAAAAAAUAAGUUUCUCCCAAUUUACGAGCUCUUUUCUUAUCAAUUUAUUUCAAUUCACUCUAUUUUUCUCCACAAAAUCCAAAAAACAACUUUAUAAUUGAAAAAAAAAAUGAAGUAAACAAGAAAAAAAUAUUUUUACCAAAUUUAUAUAUGAAAAAAUGAAUCAGAAAAAUUU